AUUCAGUAUUGAUUCUAAUUUCCCUUUCAGAAUCGUCAGUAUGUAGAGACAGAGUACACAUACAACGGAAUCCCUUUCUCUCGGUCUAUGCAGUCGGGUAGUGCACAAGUCAGCCCCAGUCCUUCAGCCACCUCAACUACGCAAGAUAAAAACAGCCAACCAACUGGUUGUUGUUCAAGAUGGGCCCAGGGGCGUCGCUAUGAAGCAGCCGGUACAGAGGAUGAAGAUAACAAUCUCAAAGAGGUGCGCGUCAACGAAACCCACACACAUCGAAAGCCCUCUCCAAAGAACACCUCUCACAAGCGGAACGACCUCACCCUCACUGUCCUGCCAGAGAUGAAUUGCAACACCAACACCAACACCAACACCAAUAUCAACAUCAACACCAACACCAACACCAACACCAACACCAACAUCAACACCAUCCCUAACACCAACCCUACAACGGUAACCACCGCCAUCGUCUCCACCUUACCUACACCAAGCAAUGCGGUGGACACUGAGUCGAUCCACUCCACCGUGAGUGCUAGCUCCAGUCCUCAGGGCAGUAGAGGGAGCCCAACGGGAAGCCCGCAGGGCAGUGCCGGCAGUUCCAAUGUGGUGCAAGUAUCUGCCUUAUAGCAUCGCUGGGGGCUGCUCGAGCCUCGCCCCACCCUGUUUAUAUGACUGCCCCCAUCAUCUCCCAGCUAUGUCAUGAUCGAUCCCAUAUAACACCCUGUAGACAUCCUAACGUAACGGCAAGUGCGUAGGACCAUUAGACUAUCACGCACAUGCAUGGCAAUUGCGUAGUCGCGAGCAGCAAGUGUAAUGAUCUUAUCUCAGAUAUACUUGGAAAAUCUACUCAUUAUUAUUUUUCAGUUUGUAGUUUUUCACAGAUGUGUGUUUUUAAUAUGAAUUAUUUACGAGAGGAAAGUUUCAUUUGAUCAUGAUUUUAUAUUUAAGGAUCUGAGCUUAGUUUUAUUUCCCACAACCAGAUCCUAUUAUUAUAGCUGUUUGUAAUGCAGUGUGCGUGUGUGUGUGUUUUCUGUACAUAAACUGAUGUGCCCAGUCUUACUGCCUUGUUUUAAAUUUGUCAUAUUUUGACUUGCCCUUUCAAGACCCCUGUGCCUUUUGUUCUCUGCAAAAAUGAUAUAAAAUUAAAUCAAAAGAGAGGCUAAUAUUUUGGCUAACUGAUUCAUUAUCACAUAAGAAAUAUAUUCCACAUGACAAGUUUUGCAAAGAAAUUUACUUAUCCAAUAAUCUUGAAUGAAAUAAACUGUGAUUUUGACAGUAUUUUAGACUCCUGAAUGAAGUGCAAAUGUCAUGUACAGCCAUCGCAUGCCAUCAAGUGUACAUUUCAAAUUAUACUUUUACUCUGAGAAACUCUAUCCCAAACUACGUUCAACCCAUAUACAGUGUUUGCCAAAUUCAUCAGAGGCAAUCAAAUUUGUCCAAAUGUAAGAUCUAGUUCACCCUAUAUUACUCUCACAGAGAGAGAGAGAGAGAGAGAAACAAAAAGAAUCCCAAUUUAUGCAACUAGGCAGCCUUUUAACAUCGGCAUGCAAGUAAAUGAAAGGGCAACAUGUAGAAAUAAAUGUUUGUUUGCGUGAAUGGGCAAAAAAAAUCAAGAAUUCGUUUGGCAAUAAUAUUGAUUUAAUCUCAGAGCUUCUCGUAGUCAAAUGAUGAUUUAUUUGCAAUGAGUUUUUAUCUCUUUAUUUUUUCCCUUUUAAAUUUUUUCCCUCUUUAUUUUUCCCGUUCAAAUAUAGCUUAUUCCUCUCUCGCAGUUUAGAUAUAGAUGAAAAUGUAUAGGAUUUUGUUUAUUCCUGACUUUCGGGAAUGCCUUGUCAAGUUUCAUACAAUGUCAUUACCAUAUUGGUAAAUAUAUAAAUAUGUAUAAUUUAGUUGUAUAGUGUUUCAAAAUAUUGCAAAGUCUUUGUUUAUUUUUAUUUCAAUUCUGGUCCAUGCUGCCUUAUAUUUAAAAAAGGACAAGAGAAAAUGUUAUGCAUGUACAUGUAGCACUUGUUUGUCUUUUUAAAAUUAAAUGAAGUAUUUGUUUUAUAGUCUGUAACUGUUUUGCUUCUCCUUCAAAUGUUUUUAUUUUCCCUUACUUUCCGCCAAAAGUGAUGUAGUCAAGUUCAAAUGGUAAAGUCUUUAUACGGUGAAAAAGAUUUCACAAUCUGGGAUUUUUUUGCUGUAACAGCCAUCGCAUGCAAUGCAUUUCCCCCCAUGAUGAAGUGAUGCUGUUAACUCAUCAAGAGCAUUAUGCUGUGUAAUUCAAUGUGGGUUAUUUUUCCCCACUUAUACAGUAGGGAUACUCAUAAAAUAAUUUUUGUCAUUUAGACUAAGAUGGACAAAUUCAAGAUCUAUGUAUGUAUGGAAAUCACUGUUUGUCAAGUGUAAAAUGCCAUGGGAUCACUAACUUUGGGAGAAUUUGUUAUUUGUAGGAAUGUAAUGAGGUGAAGAAAUGAAUUUUGGUUAGCCCCGCAAAACAAAUUGAGCACGCAAUAUACCAACAUCUACUGUAGGUCGAAACAUGUGAUUUAGAAUUUGCUAUUCCUUUUAACAUAAUCCGAAGAAAUACAAUGCAUGAAAUGACAGAUCAAGCUUUUAAAGAAUUUUAAAUAUCAUAUACAGUUCUCUUUCUGCAGUUAUUAACAAACAAAAAUUAUUGAUUUAAAACAAAAAAAAUGUCAGUUGUCUUGCAAAGUAAGAAAAUAUUACUUCCUACAAAUUAUAACAGUGUAUUACUUGAAACGAACCAUUACAUUUAUAAAGAUUCAAGCCAUUGGAGAUACUCAAACAUGACACUAUGUAGAUGUAUAUUAGCUUAUAGAAAAGACUACAGUAACAUAUUUCUGAAGACUUAUAUCCAUGUACUCAAAUCAAUUUUUGUCCCACAAUCAAUAUUAUGGUGUUGUUGUCCUUAAUUAAUGUAGCGACUAACUACUCUAGUGUGUACCAUGCUACUCAUACAUUUACUACUCAUAAUGUCAGAUGUAUAUGCAUCAUGUAUAAUAUUUAUGAUAUAUAAAAUAUAUAUAUUUACAAAUAUAUAUAUAUCUAUAUACGUGUAUUUUUACUUCAUUUUCAUAUGGAACCGUAUAUCAGGAUUGUAAAUAUGAUUGUACAGUAGGAUUGUGGGCUGUUCUUUUAUUGACGGUUGUAUAGAAGGAAUGUGAUAUGUACCUAUUUAUCUAUGGAAUAUUUUGUUGCCUGUAGGAAUAUAAUGCUCGUACAUAUUAAUUUGGUACAAAUAUAUCACUCGGUGGACGUUGUUCUGCUGUGUUGAUGACAUUAUUAUUAUUAUUCUUGUUCUAUUUUAUCAAGGAAAUGGAUGGGCAUAUAUCAUUCAUUUAUUGGAAAGAAUCAAGUAUUUAUCAUCAUCAAGUAUGUCAAAUAUUUUAUUAUUAUCUGAUUUGGAUACCAGGAUCUUCCAUUUAUUGAGAAAAAAAAAACAUUGUACAAAGGAAAUGUGAGAGAAAUAUGUUAUUUACAUGUACGUGUUGUUGGGACUGAUUAUGUGGAAUUGUGAUUUUAUAUGAAACGUAGUGUUAGGAAUUUAUAGUUACUGGGAUUUGAGCAUCGUUAUCAAAGAUUAUUAUUGGAACCACUUGUAUUUCAAGUUUAAAGAAUGUUUUUAACUAUAUCAACUAUAUUCUGAAUUUAUUGAUACUGCUGGAUAAAUGGUGGGAAAACAUGGAACUAGUAUAUACAUGUAUCUCUAUUUUCAAAUCUCAUUAUCAGAGUAAUAUUACAAGAUAAAUGUACAUUUAUUCCCUGAGUCAAUUCUAUAUUGUAUUUCCUCUUUGCUCAAACUAUAUUUGAGUAAUCAUUAGGCAACCUGAUAUAUACAAAUUGGGUCUUUGUUAGUUAGCAAUGGGGGUAAGGCAUGUUUUGCAAUGCUAUAGAGUGAUAUGACAAUUAUUCCUUACAUCCACUUGCUUAAUGUACGGUGUCACCCCAUUCUACACAAUCACCAAUGUGAAAAUGUGUGAAACUUUAGGCGCACUUUACACAUUACUUUGAUUUGACAUUUCAGUAAAUAUUUCACUUGGAAACAUCACAUUAAUCACAUUUUAUACUUAUGAGGCAAGGGGAAUAUUUUUAGUACUAGCGGGAGAGCUAGGAGGGGGUAGCUAAAUAACUAAAUAUGUUCCUAUUUUAGGCAUGAUUGGUCAGGCUAAACUCUUAUUAAUGACCACCUUAGGAAUCUAUCAGCAUUUCAACAAACCCCAUACUUUGAUAUUGUGAGCACACUGCAUAGCUCUCCAGCCAAAGUCCAUUUUAUUAUUAUUUAUUAUUCUGGUAAAAAUGAUCACCCUCCUAUUUGUAGGGUCCACUAAAAGGCCGAAUCAAUCCAGCCUUCACCGAAGUCAGGAAUAAUAUAGAGGCUAAUCCAUCUCUUAGUAGGAGUGAAGGAGUAAGAAAGGAUCGUCGGUUAAUGGCUGGAUCAUAUCAGGAGAAGCUCUUUAAAUCUCCAAUCAUCACAAGCAAGUAGAGGAUCUGGGUCACAAACGCUUACUUUUCACAUUCCUCGCCCAUCACGUCUGUUUAUAGUGCCCCAUUUAGCUCCUCUUUUUCCCUCAGAAGGAAACCCGGUUCUAUUUAUCAUAAUGGAAACACAUCACCUGCACCGCAGAAAAAAACAAAAAUGUCCUCAUUCAUAAGGACAAAGACAAUAGAUUUUAAACUGCAUAAUACUACUGUAUAAAACUGUAAGAUUUAGUCUAUCUUUGCAUACUAUCGAUUGCCUCUGGAUGGGUAACCUGUAUUCCUAUUUUCAAUCGUUAUCCUCUUCCUUAGCAUAUUUUCCCCUUUCGAUCGUCACCCCAGGUUUACACCAUUUCAAAAGGAAUCGCUACUACAUUUGAAAUAGAAAUGAAAUUUGAAAGGAUCUCUUUUUUUCUUCUUUAUGCAGUUAUUUGGUUACUUUGACAUGGUGUAUAUUUCUUGUCCAGUUUAUUAUUGAAAGAUCAUACUUAAUGAAGAAAAGAAAAUCAGUUUGAUAACAAAUGCUCUAGUACACUCUGUUGUUACAACAGUAGUUUGUUGUUAUUAUAAGAAGUUUACUCAGCCUUACGGUGUUAUGUAUUGAUUUCAAUUCCAGAAAUAGUACCUCUCAUGAAUCAAGCAAAUGUUUAGAUUUUACAAUGAAUAUGGAAGAAACGAUCCUCACAUUGGAAUCUUUCAUGCAAUCACUUUUCCAGCGAAUCUCACACAAACCUAACCAGCGCUCAAAUGAAAAGUUCAACAGCAGCCUCCCUGCUGCGUGACAGUCCCACUCAUUGACGGUCGUGUUGGAUGUGUGGGUUGCCUCUAGCAGACAAACGUGGGGGCCUCCGGGGAACAUUUUUAGCUUCUCGUUGUGUCGAGGUUAGUGCCCGGGGGAUGGUCGUCUCCUUGUGACGUUAAUGGCAGCCUGGAUACGCAGCCUCUGAGAAUACCCCCCCCCCCCAUCCCUGCUGAGCCAAGUUGCCUCCACCCACGGAGAUAACUUAGUUUGGUUGCUUCUAUUUGGCUACAUCUGCUGAUGUAGAGAGCAAUGCUAGCUGAGUGAGGGAUGUCCCUUUGAGAACACACAAAUUUUCUCAUUUGAGCAGUGAAAAAAAAAUCUGUAGCAUCAAUUGACAGAUUUCUCUGGAGAAAAUGCAAACUUAUGCAUUGCAUUGCUCAGAAAUAUAUAAAGGUCAAGAAAAUGUAGGUGAAUAGAAUUAAAACAAACACCUGUCUGGGAGGAUUGAAAGGAAGAUUUGAAUCCAUAGGAUUAAAGAGCCAUCUUCUGUAUUCAUACCCUGAGUUAAACUCUAACGUUAUGAAUCCAUUUUGUUUUUGUCUGCAUUCCUUUACAGUUAAGCUGUAAUUCAUAGGAGAGUGAUCUGUUUUCCAAUUCUUCUAAAUCUUUAAUAAUCAGAUGAGAUAUUGCCGAAAAAAGAGGGGUUAUUAAUGUUGACAUUUUGGAAUCGAUAUCUCCUGUGGGUUUUUUGUCUUGUGGGUCGGCCAGUGAUGGCUGGUUGGCUGUCAGAUGUGGGAAACAAAUACUUUUAGACUCGAGCUACUUGAUUUGCUGGCUUGGCCACUGAUUGCUUUAAAACAGGAAUUACAGAAAGCUUUCUAACAUUCAAUUCAUCCUAUCUUUCAGAGAUGCAACGUUUGUGCCAUAAUGCAAUUUCAGUUAAACAACCUUAUCUUGCUCUAAUCAGAUACAUGUUGGACAAUCAGAUACAUUGUUUGACAAUAAUUUGAAUUUCUAUCAUUUCUUAUUUCAUGUCCCAUGAUAUUUCGAAUUUUCUGAAAUUCAAAUUUUCUGAAAUUCAUUCUGUGUCCAAGAAAUAGAUGUAAUGGGAAUAUGUUAUCAAAGGUAGAUUGGAACAUGUUAUGCAAUCAAAUAUUGUAGUUGGUCUGUUCUCAUUUUCACUAUCUAAUUUUACAUGUAAAAUAAUUGCAUUUCUUAUGCUUCAUCUUUAAUUCAAGAAUGAUAUUUUCUGUGAUUUACAUUGGUUAAGAAGAGAUGCCAUAAUGGGCAAAUUACACUGAAUUUCAACCAGGAAUUUAUCCCUUGGAUAAACACAUUCUGUUUUGUGAUAUACCUGUAGAUAAGUUGUCCUUUAAUGAAAACAGUAGUAUGUAUUUGAUAAGACUGGGGUGUAAAACAUUGCUAUCUAUUGAAAAGUUGAAAGCCUUAUCGUACUCUUGUAGACAACAUGUAUUUAUAUUGAGUAGUGGAAGAAUAUGUAAACUUGUAUAUAGAUCUAUGAAACAUCUUAUGAACAAAGACACAGCUAUUGCUAUUGGGACAGAAAAUAUAUGUGCAACAUUUUGUCUUGAUGCUAUGUGUGUAUUUAUGGUGUAUUGUACUAGUAUACAAAUCAAGCAAUGGAGAAGGUGAAGCACUCAAAUCAUUGUAGCAGUGGUAUAGAUAUGUGAAGGAAUUAUAGUACAUGUAUCUUAUUCUCACAUGAAUUCAACUGCGAAUUUAAAGGGUAUAGUAUGUAAGUGUAUUUCCACAUGCUAAAAAACAUUUAAUGUCAGUGUUGGUGAGCUAUCAUCAUCAUUAUGUACUUGUUAUCCAAGCAGUGGCUAUUUGUAUGAAAUACAUAUAUGCACAUAUAAAUCAUGUUUUUUAUUUCAAAAUCUGGUUUUAGUCAUUUCAUAUUUUGGCAAAUGUAUAUGAUAUUAUCUUCACUAUAUAAUGUAAGAAAGAUGUGGAGACUACAUUUCUAUUGUGAACUGGCAAUGCUACAAUAUGAACACUUUCAGCAAAACAAUAAAUAGAUUUUUCUGAUGUAGAUAAUAAUGAUAUUGCGAGUAGUUAGAGAAGUUUUUUCAGGCCCAGUUGUCUAUAUAUGCCUACAUUUUGAUAACCAUGGUGUUUGUUUUUACUGGGCAGUUCUUUGUGGGUUAUUUACUUCUAAUCUUUAGCUUUGGGGAAAUAGGAACUAGUUAGCUUGAGACUUCUUCAAGAUCUUUCUAUCUUUCUUUUUUCUUCUCUCUUACUGCAUUUAUUUUCUUGUCUAAUGAGAGUUUCAUUUUUAUUUUGCGAGCUCACAGUCCAAUAAAUGUAUUCUGGUUCCACAACAAAGUGA